AUGUCCGACACUGCCAAGCAAUCAGAUGAACAGGGGGAGGAGCGCACGGAGCUCACUCAGCGCCAACGGCCCAACCCCAACGCCAAAGCCAACGCACGACACAUGUCUUGGGUAAGCGCGGGCGAGGGUUCGAGUGAGGGGACUUGGCUAGAGCUUUGGUUGCUCGGGGGAAUGCAGUGA